AGACCGCUCUCUGUCAUGACUCUCUUCAUUGGUAACAACAUCUGUUGUCAAACGUUUCUAAGGAAGUAACUGAACUAAUGCUAAAUUAGCCGCUCUGCUCUGAAACCAAACAGUAAACCACAGGUGAAUGUCAGUCAGCAAUGAGAAAUCUCCAUCUGCCUGACCAAAGCUGGUCUCAGACAUGACAAGAGGAUGACUGAGAAUGGAGAGGACAGCCCCCUCCAUCAGUCCUGUGAAGCUCCUGGUAAAGGGGAUUCAGCUGUAAACGACAGCCAAGCGCUCAAGACCUCCUUAGCGGAUGCCAAACCCUGCAAGCAGCACAAUGAAGCCCUUAAACUCACUGCUAGAAAUGCAGAAAGAGAGAUCAGUCCAUACCAGCCGCGGCCACCCUUACUUCCCAGGCUGUCAAAGUCCAGCAAAAGUGUCUCAUUGGAGGAGGCCGCGAGAAGCAGGAGGCUGAAAAACAGCCAGGAGAGCCUGAGUGACCCAGUUGAGACAGGCUCCUCCACAGACUCGCUUAAAGAGGACCAAACAACUCAAGGUGGGUUUGCUGUCAGCAUUAGGAAUGAGCAGGACUCUAAUGUGAGACCCCUCUCUGCUGCUGCGACGGGAUCCCCAGUCUUCCGGGACAGAGGCAGCAGUCUCUCCGAGUAUGAAAGGAGGCCCCACAGCCAGCAAAGCGACCCCACAGAAAACCGAGCGAGGUCCAGCAAGGUGCGUCUGUCUCCGGUGCAACCCACAGGGACGCUGCCUGCUCUGGAGAAGAGCUUUGCGGCGGCCACUUUAAGGGCAGCUAAUAGGAUUGACAGGGAUUGUUUGGAUUAUGCCGUGCUGGCCAGAGAGAAACUCGGGGAGAGACUCCACAGGAACCUGAGCGACAGCCGGCUUCUGGAGAACAUGGGCUCGGAUAGUGCCUCUGUCAACUCCAUGAGGUCCACUUACAGCGUGCUCAGCCCCAUCAGACCCCAGGAUGUGAGGAACAGGAGCUUCCUGGAAGGCAGCGUACUGGGAAGCGGCGCCCUGCUCGGGGCGGAGGAGCUGGACCGCCACUUCCCCGACAGGAGAGUGGGCAUCUACAUAACCACGUGGAACAUGCAGGGAGAGAAGGGGCUUCCAGUCAACUUAGAUGAUCUCCUCCUUCCAACAGACUCUGAAUUUGCACAAGACUUUUAUAUUAUCGGGGUCCAGGAAGGCUGUCCUGACAGGAGGGAGUGGGAAACCCGCCUUCAGGAGACUUUGGGACCUUACUAUGUCAUGCUGUACGCAGCAUCACAUGGUGUUUUGUAUCUCACUGUAUUUGUAAGAAGAGACCUCAUCUGGUUCUGCUCAGAGGUGGAGCAUGCCACAGUCACAACCAGGAUCAUCUCUCAGAUCAAGACCAAAGGGGCUGUUGGAAUUGCAUUUACCUUUUUUGGCACUUCCUUCCUUUUCAUCACAUCCCAUUUUACCUCUGGAGAUGCUAAAGUUUACGAGAGAGUGCUAGAUUACAACAAGAUCGUCGAGGCUCUAGCUCUUCCAAAAGGCCUUCCAGACACCAACCCAUACCGCUCUACACCAUCUGACGUCACCACAAGGUUCGACCAGGUUUUCUGGUUUGGAGAUUUUAACUUCCGGCUGAGUAAAGACCGGACUGACGUGGAGACUCUCAUGAACCGCACAGCAGGCGGCGACAUGGGCCCUCUGUUGGAGCACGACCAGCUCUCCAAGGAAAUGAAGGAUGGUUCGAUCUUUAAAGGCUUCCAAGAGGCACCGAUACAUUUCUUCCCCACAUAUAAGUUUGACGUCGGCUGUGAUAUCUACGACACCACUUCUAAACAGAGAACGCCUUCAUAUACAGACAGGAUCCUGUUCAGGAGCAGGCAGGCUGAUGAUAUAAAAGUGGUGAAGUACACCAGCUGCUCCAGCAUCAAGACCUCAGACCAUCGGCCCGUCAUCAGCGUCUUCCAGGUCAAACUGAGGCCCGGCAGAGACAAUAUUCCCCUAGGUGCGGGACAGUUUGACCGAGGCUUGUACUUGGAGGGCAUUAGGAGGAGGAUCACCAGAGAGCUGAAGAGGAGAGAGGCCAUGAAGAACCAAAACAGCACCAUCUGCACCAUUUCCUAAACACUAAAGACAAACUCUCCAGAACUGGAUCGAACUGUGCCAGAAACUGGAGCGUAAAACCAGUCUGGCAGAAAAAGGACCACACUACUACAACUACACCACUCAGAGCUCAGUGCUGGUCCUGGUUAACUGAGCAGAGUGUGCCCUCUGUUGGGCAUCAUUGGGACCUGUUUGCACAUGGAACGUGGAUGGCUGAACUUAAGGGCAGGGACCUUGAGGUCAGACACACACACACAAAGGUUUGUAGACACAGCAGCAGUCUGGCCUUUUAUUUAUUCAGCCCCCCCCCUCUUCAAACAUGACUGAGACAGAGUGGGAAUCUAACCUUAAAGGCUCUGUGUAACUGCACCGUGUUCUAAUUUUGUUUUUGUAGGUGUUUAAAAAGCAUCAUGAACCACAAUGUUACGUUUUUCUGAAUGCUAAAUCAGUGUUCAACUGCCUUGCGAAAUUCGUCAUGACAUAGCUUAACAAACAUAAUUGCAUUUUGGUGGCACAAGUAGGUGCACUUUUUAAUACCGUUUACCAGCGUUGGUCGAUUUAACUUGAAGUUUAAUAAGCUGGUUGUUUGGUAGGAGACAUACAAUAUGACUGAAGGGAGGUAAAAUAUAUACAUCAUUUAAAAAGCAUGACAUUGAUGAACACUACAGCCAGGCAGUUGGUUCUACCUGUUACAUGCUACUGUUGACUUUCAGGGAGAUCAAAUGUAUUUAACAGCUUAUAUGUAACUAUUAUUGCAGGAAUUCACUACUUAUAGAGAUAGAUUUACACUUUUCACUACUUUUUCUCUUAUUAGGCCAAGUGAUAAUUUGCAACAGACUGUAACUCAAUGCCUUAAGUCGCAUCUUACUGCUGUUUAACCUCAUAUAUACUAUGUACUGUAUGUACCACGUUAAUGAACUUUCACUCCCAGCAUGAAGAGCAGUCUGCUCCUAAAAAGUGCCUGUUGGUCUUGUUUGUAUUUCCUAGAGACCGUUUAACUUUAUCUGCAUAUUUUUAUAUGUCACACAUGAUGUAAAAGCCAGUAAUAAACGUUUUAAAACACA